AUGCCUCGGAUAAAGAAGAAGGGAAAGGCCGGCGCGGCCAAGAACUACGUUACUCGAAACCAGGCGAUUCGAAAACUUCAGAUCAGCCUUCCCGACUUCCGAAAGCUAUGCAUUUGGAAGGGAAUCUAUCCUCGCGAGCCCCGAAGCAGAAAGAAGGUUUCCAAGUCUUCCACCAGCUCAACUACCUUCUACUACACCAAGGACAUCCAGUAUCUGCUCCACGAGCCGCUGCUUCAGAAGUUCCGCGACCAGAAGGUUCUUGAGAAGAAGAUCUCUCGUGCGCUCGGUCGCGGCGAUGUCACCGACGCCGCUCGCCUGGAGGGCAAUGCUUCGCGACCUGAGAAGACAGGAAAACCUCGCUAUACUCUUGACCAUGUCAUUCGUGAGCGCUAUCCCACAUUUAUUGAUGCUAUCCGAGAUCUUGAUGACUGCUUGUCGAUGCUCUUUUUGUUCGCCAACUUGCCUUCCACCUCCUCGGUUCCCGCUAAGAUGAUUGCCCGUUGCGAGCGCCUGUGCCUUGAGUUCCAGCACUACCUCAUUGUGUCGCAGAGCGUUACCAAGUCGUUCCUCUCCAUCAAGGGUAUCUACUAUCAGGCAAACAUCCAGGGCGAGGAGGUCCUCUGGCUGGUCCCCUACAAGUUCAACCAGCGCGUCGUUGGCGAUGUCGACUUCCGUAUCAUGGGCACCUUUGUUGAGUUCUAUAUGACCCUCCUCGGCUUCGUCAACUUCCGACUGUACACCUCUCUUGGCCUCAAGUACCCCCCCAAGUUCGACCAGGCUAAGGAUGAGGCUGGCGCUGAGCUCGGUGCUUUCACCCUUGAGGGCAAGACCUUGGUUGGUGCCGACGAGAAGGAACAGAAGACAUUGGAGGCUGCUGAGCACAAGCCUGACCCCAAGGUUCAAGCUGCUGUCAACAAGGUUAUCAAGAAAAUCAAGGGCAACGAUGAUGAUGAGUCGACAACGACGUCCGAGAACCAGAUCGAGGGCGAGGUCCAAGAGGCCGGUGUGAUUGAUAAGUUUGAGCCAGCAGUCUCUGGUGGCGAUAUUCUGCCCCAGCCUUCUAACACCGGAAACAACCCCAACAGCCUCUUCUCCAACCUCACCAUCUACCUGUCCCGCGAAACCCCACGACAACCCCUCGAAUUCCUUCUCAAGUCCUUCGGCUGCAGACGUGUUGGCUGGGACGCUGUUCUCGGCGAUGGUGCUUUCACCACCAACGAGCUCGACCCAAAUAUCACUCACCAGAUCGUUGAUCGACCUCCUAUCCAGGCUUCUGCUGAGGAUGAGGCUGAUGGGGACGACAACCAGACAUCACAGAAGCUUGCUGCCAACCGACGAGUUCCAGGACGAACAUACAUCCAGCCUCAAUGGGUUUGGGACAGCGUCAACGACGGCGAGCUGAAGGAGCCUCAUCUGUAUGCUCCUGGGGCUGAUCUUCCUCCCCAUCUGAGCCCCUUCGUGAGGAACGUCCAGGGUGCAUAUGAUCCCACUGUUCCUCUGGAGGAGCAAGAGCCUGAGGCUGAGGCCAUUGAGGCCCAGAGCGAUGGCGAGGAUGAGGUUGACGAUACUGCUGAGGGUAUGGAUGUGGCUGAUUCUGAUGAGGGAGAGGGUGACGAGGGUGACGAGUUUGGCGGCUUCUCUGCAGACGAGCAGGAAGAGGAAGAGGAAGAGGAAGAGGAAGAAGAUGCCGAGCAACGGCAAGACGAGCUUGAGGCUGAGCUCACUGGUGGUGCUGUCAAGUCCAAGACAACGAACGCCAAGGCCAAGGCUAAGGAGGACGCUCGCAAGGCCCUCACCAAGAAGGCUCGCGAAGAGGCUGAGGAUCUGGAGCGUGCGAAGGGUAUGCUCAGCAAGAAGAAGAGAAAGCUGUACGAGCAGAUGGUGUACACAAACAACAAGAAGAGUGCUGAGGACCAGAAGCUACGGGCCAAGAGGAGAAAGUUUGAAAAGGAAAAGGCCACCAAGGGCAAGGGCAAGGCUUAG